CCCGGGCGCCGGGGGGGCCCCCCGCGCCUGGCGCUCGUGCUGCUGCUGCUGCUCCAGAGCGCCUCUAAAGGUGCUUUGGAAAAAAAACAUUCGAGGAAUCCAAGAGGAAUCCUUGAAUUGGCUGGAGCCAUCAAAUGCAGUACAGGACGCACUCCUUUGGCCUAUCUACGCUAUGGAUGCUACUGUGGUCUCGGAGGGCAAGGCUGGCCUAAGGAUAAAGUCGACUGGUGCUGCUUUAAGCAUGACUGCUGCUACAGUAAGGCAGAGCAAGCAGGCUGUCAGCCCAAGAUGGAGAGCUACAACUGGGAAUGUGAAGAUAAUGCUGCUGUGUGUGAUUCACUAGAAGACAAAUGCCAAAAAAUAGUGUGUGAAUGUGACCGUAAAGCUUCCAAGUGUUUGGCUAAAGCCCCUUACCAGCCAAGAUACAUUUUCUGGCCAGAUUUUUUAUGUGGUGAGAGUCAUCCACAGUGUAAGUUUUAAUGAGACAGGACAAUACUACACUAAUAGCUGUAAAGAACUAUUUUAAUUUUAAAAGAGUUUUUAUUAUAGCAGAUUUUUUCCAACAAUGUGUGUAUGCCUAGUUUUCAUAAUGCAUACUCUAAAAACAAGUUUAGUGGUUCUAAGCAGCUAGUACACUGUAGCAGUUUUCAUGGACUGACUAUAAAGAAUGAUUUUAUCAAACCUCUUAUGGUCUGUGAACCUUUAUCAUAAGUAGCAAUAGUACAUUAACUCUGGAAAAAGCCUCUAAAACAUCAGAUUUCACCAUGUUUACUGCAAACCGCUCAUUUUCUUGUAUCAGCCAAAUGCAGAACAGCACGUAUGAAUGGAGUGAAAACCUCUAUUUUAAAACUUAAUUUGAAAUCUGAAGUUAGUGUUAUUAGCCUUAGCCAAGGGAAAGGUAACUGUCAGAUUAAAGGACUUUUACCUUCUCUUAUUAGUAAGACUUUGACCAAUAGUAGUUUACUAUUCACAAAUAAGUUUGUGAAUUUCACUCUUAAAUUGUUUAACAUCACUGUCUUGAGUCACUUGCACACUUAGGCCUGUAUUUACGAUACUGAAGCAUUUAAAUAGAGACAUUAAGGCACUGACAGUUAAGAUGUACAAGAGGACCAUGAUUUGACCCCUACUUGAGUGGAAAUCCUAGGGACAUCAGGGAAAAGAAAUCCUACCUGCUCCCCCCUCUUUCCAGAAAUAGAGCAGCAACAUGGAUCAGUGACCAUUAGUGUGGCCUCUGGGCUGCAGUAACUCCCUGGUUGCAUGAUGCAGCCUUACUCCACAGCAGAUGUGAUGAGUCAGUCACUGGGACCCAUCUCUCUACCCGUAAGUAUGUUCAAUCAGAUGAUGUCUGCAAAGACCCACAGCACCAUAACAUGGAUUUCCACUUGUGUCUCCUCCUUUACACAAAGAAGGGUCCAGACUCAAUGGCUACAUCUACAUUGGCAAGAUUUUGCGCAAAUACUCUUUAACGCAAGAGUUUUUGCAUUAGAGU